AGUGCCCCUAUUGUUCGGUCCCUUCUUGGCCCCAUUGUUCUCUUCAGAGCUGCUUCGAGACAGAGAGAGAGAGAGAGAGAGAGAGAGAGAGAGAGAGAGAACGCAGCCGAGUAACUUGGCCCGAAAGUUUGUGAGUAUUUGGUUUCUCUGGCUAUUUCUUCAUUAAGACUUUAAAAAUGUCAUCCAAACAAGAAAUAAUGGAUGACCAGCGGUUCAGGCGGGUUUCAAAGGAUCCCAGAUUUUGGGAAAUGCCAGAAAAGGACCGAAAAGUCAAAAUUGACAAGAGGUUUCGAGCUAUGUUUCAUGAUAAAAAGUUUAAAUUGAACUAUGCUGUUGAUAAAAGAGGGCGCCCUGUCAGCCACAGCACUACAGAAGACUUGAAGCGCUUCUAUGACCUUUCAGACUCCGAUUCUGAUCUCUCUGAUGAAGAAAGCAAAGUACUGAGUCAAAAGAAAGUGAAGCAGAAAAAAAAACAGACCAAAAAAGAAGCAAAGUUAAAAACGCUGACUGAAGAGAAAAAGAAAGAAACCAAGAAAACUGACCAAAAGGGUUCUGUGAAUAAACAUGACUUAAAUAAUUCUGAAAGAAUUCAGAAAAUGAAAAAAUCACAUAAAUCUCAGAAGAUAGAUUCAGAAAUAAGUCCCAAGAAGGAUAGUGAAGAAUUUCUACAAAAUACAAAAAAGAAAAGUGGUACCACUGACCUUAGUGUAGAAGAAGCUUUGCCCAAAGGAAAACUAAGGACCAAAGACUCCAGUACCUCUGAAAUGGUGAAACCUUCAACAAUGAGUUGUUCUAAGGCAAAGAAAGAAAAGCAAUCAGUGCUUCCAGUCAUAACAACAAAAGACAGUGAUGGUAAAAUGCCUGACGAAGAUGCUCUGGAGGAAGAUUCAGACAGUGCUAGUGAACUAGGAAGUGAUGAGGAAUCUGAAGAUGAAAUCACAAGUGAUGACAGAACCUCAGCUGAUGAGGAUGAGGAUGAAGAAGAGGAAGAAGAAGAGGAGGAAGAUAGUGAGGAGGAGGAGGAAAGCGACAGUGGUCCUGAUCUUGCAAGGGGUAAAGGAAAUGUAGAAACUAGUUCUGAAGACGAAGAUGAUUUGGCAGAUUUAUUUCCAGAAGAACCUGGUUUUGAACAUGCUUGGAGAGAAUUAGAUAAAGAUGCUCCUCGGGCUGAUGAGAUUACACGCCGAUUAGCAGUUUGCAACAUGGACUGGGAUAGAUUAAAGGCGAAAGAUUUGCUGGCUCUGUUCAACUCAUUUAAGCCCAAAGGAGGAGUUGUAUUUUCUGUGAAGAUAUAUCCUUCGGAGUUUGGAAAGGAGAGGAUGAAGGAAGAGCAAGUUCAAGGACCAGUAGAGUUACUGAGUAUUCCUGAGGAUGCCCCUGAAAAGGACUGGGCCUCUAGAGAGAAGCUAAGGGACUACCAGUUCAAACGAUUGAAGUACUAUUAUGCAGUAGUGGAGUGUGAUUCUCCUGAAACAGCAAGUAAGAUUUAUGAAGAUUGUGAUGGCCUGGAAUUUGAAAGCAGUUGUUCUUUCAUAGACCUAAGAUUUAUACCAGACGAUAUUACCUUUGAUGAUGAGCCUAAGGAUGUGGCCUCAGAAGUUGAUCUAACAGCAUAUAAACCAAAGUAUUUCACGUCUGCUGCGAUGGGAACAUCAACGGUGGAGAUCACUUGGGAUGAGACUGAUCAUGAAAGAAUCACGACGCUUAACAGAAAGUUUAAAAAGGAUGAGCUUUUGGACAUGGACUUUCAAGCCUACUUGGCUUCCUCUAGCGAGGAUGAAGAGGAGAUUGAAGAAGCACCAGAAGGUGAAGAUGGAGUCAACGUAGGAGAAGAUGGGAAAACAAAGAAAAGUCAGAAGGAUGAUGAAGAACAAAUUGCUAAAUAUAGACAGCUCUUGCAGGUUAUUCAAGAAAAAGAAAAGAAAGGAAAAGAAAAUGAUAUGGAAAUGGAAAUCAAGUGGGUACCAGGUCUUAAGGAAAGUGCAGAAGAGAUGGUCAAAAACAAGUUAGAGGGAAAGGAUAAACUGACCCCUUGGGAACAAUUUUUAGAGAAGAAAAAAGAGAAGAAAAGACUGAAAAAGAAACAGAAGGCUCUUGCUGAAGACACCAGUGAAGAUGAGCUUCCUUCUGAUGUUGAUUUAAAUGAUCCCUACUUUGCUGAAGAAGUUAAAAAAAUAGGUAUCAAGAAAAAAUCAAUGAAAUCUGCAAAGGACAUUGCAUCUUCAGAGGAAGAAACUGAACUAGAAAAACAAAAGGCUGAGAUGGCUUUACUUGUAAUGGAUGAGGAAGAAGACAGCAAGAAACACUUCAAUUAUGACAAGAUCGUGGAGCACCAGAAUCUGAGCAAAAAGAAGAAGAAACAGCUUAUGAAAAAGAAGGAGUUACUUGAGGAUGACUUUGAGGUAAAUGUCAGUGAUGCACGGUUUCAGGCAAUGUAUACUUCCCAUUUGUUCAAUUUGGAUCCCUCUGAUCCUAAUUUCAAGAAAACAAAAGCUAUGGAAAAAAUUCUGGAGGAGAAAGCUCGGCAUCGAGAACGGAAAGAAGAGCUUCUUAUUCAAGCAGUAGAGAGAGCACAGCAGGACACGGGGAAGCCAGCACAGAAGCAACCCAUGGAUCCCGCCUUAUCCAUGCUGAUUAAAUCUGUGAAAAACAAAACAGAGCAGUUCCAAGCCAGAAAAAAACAGAGGGUCAAAUAACUGGGCACAGUCUCUGCUAUCUCCUCAAGUAUACAGAAAUAGCAUAAAGGAUAAUGGGAAUAAAGCCACGUUUCUAAAAUAUGAAAAGUUACCCCUCUUGACCAUUGUAAAGUUCUUCAUUGGGGCCAGAGAGAUGGCUCAACAAUAAAGAAUAAUGGUGCUUUGCAGAGCAUCUGAGUUUGGUUCCCAGCACCCACCCACAAGGCAGCUCACAACCAUAUAGAAUUCCAGUUUUAAGAGACCCUGUGCCCUCUCCUGGCCUCCAUGGGCAUGGCUUGCCCAUAGCGUAUGCAUAAACAUAGUUACAGCAAAAUAUUCAUAUGCAGAAAAUGUUAAAGUAAAAUUAAAAAUAAAAUGUUCCACUUAUGUAAUUGUUUACCUAAUUGUAAAUACUUCAUGUUUUAUACUGUAUAUUUUCAUAGACUUGCCAUAAUAUAAACUAUAGAAUUCUUAAGAAUUUUAUAUUAUAUGAAGUUCAUUUCCUACAAGUCUACAGCUAAGAUACUAUUUACAAUCUAUGUAACAUAGUGUCAAUUUUCUGUGUAAAGAUUAAAAACAAAUUGAAAAUAUGGAUGUGUAGUACCUUAAUCUCUGAAGGCAAGAAGCAGAUCUCUGAAGCUAGUAAAAUAAUUUAUUUUUCUAGUGUGAAGGAUGAAAGCUGUGAACUUUUUUCCAUGCUUAGUAAUUUGCAUGUAGAAUUAAUUUAUAAAUAAAAGUGUGAGAUGGA